UCUCGCCCACAGAAAUCCUACGAGCACUUGGCAAAAAUACGAGUUGCGAGAGAAGUGCCGCCAGAGUGCAACUGCCCACCAGGUCCUCCAGGGAAAAGAGGUAAGCGGGGCAGAAGAGGAGAGACGGGACCUCCUGGUCAGCCUGGUCCUCAAGGCCCUCCCGGUCCAAAAGGCGAGAAGGGAGAUCAAGGUGAUCAGGGCCCUCGGGGUCUGCCAGGCUUCCCCACAGUUGCUGCUCUGCACAGUAAUCAGAUCCUCACCGUCAAGGGAGACCAAGGACAAGCUGGACCCCCUGGGCCUCCAGGGCCACCAGGACCCAGAGGUCCCCCAGGAGAUACUGGCAAAGAUGGUCCUCGUGGGAUGCCUGGCAUACCGGGUGAGCCAGGAAAACCAGGAGAACAAGGAUUGGCAGGACCUCAGGGGCCUCCGGGACAAAAGGGUUCUGUCGGAGUGCCUGGUGUUCCAGGGAGAGACGGACAAGUGGGUGAACCUGGUUUGCCUGGCAUAGCCGGGGAGAAGGGAGCAACAGGACUUAAGGGUGACCCUGGAGAAAGAGGAGAAAAGGGUGAUGCUGGAGAAAAUGGACCGAAGGGUGACACAGGAGAAAAGGGUGACCCUGGUUCUUCUGCUGCAGGAAUUAAGGGUGAACCCGGUGAAUCUGGACGGCCUGGACAAAAGGGUGAACCAGGUCUUCCUGGGCUUCCUGGACUCCCUGGGAUAAAGGGUGAACCAGGUUUCAUUGGUCCGCAAGGAGAACCCGGGUUACCAGGGCUACCAGGAACAAAGGGUGACAGAGGAGAGACAGGCCCUGUUGGGAAGGGUGAGCGAGGUGAACCUGGAGUUCCUGGACCAAAGGGGAAAACAGGUGAACCUGGAUCUAGAGGCCCCAAAGGGUCAAAGGGUGAUACAGGCGACAGAGGUGACACAGGGUCUGCGGGUCCACGGGGACCACCUGGACAGAAGGGUGAUCAAGGCGCAACAGAGAUAAUUGAUUAUAACGGCAAUAUCCAUGAAGCUCUGCAGAGGAUUGCCACCCUGACUGUCACGGGGCCACCAGGACCACCAGGACCUCAAGGGCUGCAAGGACCAAAGGGAGAACCAGGAUCCCCAGGAACUCCAGGAGUUGAUGGGGAGCAGGGUCCUAAAGGCUCAAAAGGAGAUACAGGUGAUCCUGGAAUGCCUGGAGAAAAGGGAGGAAUUGGACUGCCUGGCCUGCCAGGAGCCAAUGGUAUGAAAGGCGAAAAAGGAGAUGUUGGUUUGCCUGGAGCCCAAGGUCCUUCGAUGAUAGGACCACCUGGACCACCAGGGCCACAUGGUCCUCCAGGCCCUAUGGGACCUCAUGGACUGCCUGGCCCAAAGGGUGAACCAGGGUUAAAUGGUCUUAAAGGAUUGAAGGGUGAACCAGGUCAAAAAGGUGACAGAGGGCCCCUUGGUCUUCCAGGAGCAUCUGGCUUAGACGGAAAGCCAGGACCCCGGGGUGUAGAUGGCCCAGCUGGUCCCCAUGGCCCUGCAGGUCCUAAAGGAGACAGAGGUGAAAAGGGAACUGUAGGUGACCCUGGACCCAGAGGACCAUAUGGCUUGCCUGGUUUCCCUGGUCCUCGAGGAGAAAAGGGUGAUAUAGGAGAAAAGGGAGAAAAGGGAUUCCGUGGAAUUAAGGGGGAAAAAGGGGAGCCAGGCCAGCCUGGCCUGGAUGGGCUGGAUGCCCCUUGCCAAUUGGGUCCCGAUGGAUUACCAAUGCCUGGCUGUUGGCAAAAGGGAGUCACACCAUGGCUUAUUGCUAAAAAGAGAUAA